AUGACACAUCAGGUCAGCCGCUCUCCGUUCCUCAAGCCCUUCUACAGGAGGACCCCGGUUGGUGGGGUCAUCCCGCGACCCCAGAGACGCCACACACUCCCCGCCAGCGAGUUCAGGAACCUGACCCCACAGGAUGCCAUCAGCGUGUUUGAGAUCGAGAGAGAAGGUACAGUGAGGGAAAAAAGUAUUUGAUCCCCUGCUGAUUUUGUACGUUUGCCCACUGACAAAGAAAUUAUCAGUCUAUAAUUUUAAUGGUAGGUUUAUUUGAACAGUGAGAGACAGAAUAACAACAAAAAAAUCCAGAAAAACGCAUGUCAAAAAUGUUAUAAAUUGAUUUGCAUUUUAAUGAGGGAAAUAAGUAUUUGACCCCUCUGCAAAACAUGACUUAGUACUUGGUGGCAAAACCCUUGUUGGCAAUCACAGAGGUCAGAUGUUUCUUGUAGUUGGCCACCAGGUUUGCACACAUCUCAGGAGGGAUUUUGUCCCACUCCUCUUUGCAGAUCUUCUCCAAGUCAUUAAGGUUUCGAGGCUGAUGUUUGUCAAGCGAACCUUCAGCUCCCUCCACAGAUUUUCUAUGUGAUUAAGGUUUGGAGACUGGCUAGGCCACUCCAGGACCUUAAUGUGCUUCUUCUUGAGCCACUCCUUUGUUGCCUUGGCCGUGUGUUUUGGGUCAUUGUGAUGCUGGAAUACCCAUCCACGACGCAUUUUCAAUGCCCUGGCUGAGGGAAGGAGGUUCUCACCCAAGAUUUGACGGUACAUUGCCCCGUCCAUAGUCCCUUUGAUGCGGUGAAGUUAUCCUGUCCCCUUAGCAGAAAAACACCCCCAAAGCAUAAUGUUUCCACCUCCAUGUUUUACGGUGGGGAUGGUGUUCUUGGGGUCAUAGGCAGCAUUCCUCCUCCUCCAAACACGGCGAGUUGAGUUGAUGCCAAAGAGCUCAAUUUUGGUCUCAUCUGACCACAUCACAUUCACCCAGUUCUCCUCUGAAUCAUUCAGAUGUUCAUUGGCAAACUUCAGACGGCCCUGUAUAUGUGCUUUCUUGAGCAGGGGGACCUUGCGGGCGCUGCAGGAUUUCAGUCCUUCACGGCGUAGUGUGUUACCAAUUGUUUUCUUGGUGACUAUGGUCCCAGCUGCCUUGAGAUCAUUGACAAGAUCCUCCCGUGUAGUUCUGGGCUGAUUCCUCACCGUUAUCAUGAUCAUUGCAACUCCACAAGGUGAGAUCUUGCAUGGAGCCCCAGGCCGAGGGAGAUUGACCGUUCUUUUGUGUUUCUUCCAUUUGCGAAUAAUCGCACCAACUGUUGUCACCUCACCAAGCUGCUUGGCGAUGGUCUUGUAGCCCAUUCCAGCCUUGUGUAGGUCUACAAUCUUGUCCCUGACAUCCUUGGAGAGCUCUUUGGUCUUGGCCAUGGUGGAGAGUUUGGAAUCUGAUUGAUUGAUUGCUUCUGUGGACAGGUGUCUUUUAUACAGGUAACAAGCUGAGAUUUGGAGCACUCCCUUUAAGAGUGUGCUCCUAAUCUCAGCUCGUUACCUGUAUAAAAGACACCUGGGAGCCAGAAAUCUUUCUGAUUGAGAGGGGGUCAAAUACUUAUUUCCCUCAUUAAAAUGCAAAUCAAUUUAUAACAUUUUUUACAUGCGUUUUUCUGGAUUUUUUUGUUGUUAUUCUGUCUCUCACUGUUCAAAUAAACCUACCAUUAAAAUUAUAGACUGAUCAUUUACUUGUCAGUGGGCAAACGUACAAAAUCAGCAGGGGAUCAAAUACUUUUUUCCCUCACUGUAAGAGUAUAUCCAGAUUCUACUGGUUGCUAUGAAUAUUUUGAUUGUAUUGGAUUUGUUGGACUAGAGGGGACUUUUGGGACUUAUGUUCAACAGAAUGCACAUUUAUCUUAUAAUUUCUAACACAUAAUAACAAUAGCUGUCAGUCUCCACCAUAUAAAUAGCUCAGGAAACUAAACAACGCCAUAAUACCACCAAAUGAGUGUUUAUCACAGCUUUUUGUCCAGAAAAAUUGAAUGUGAAUAACAUCAAUUGACUGUGAUAAGAGUGCAAGCAGCAGUUGACAUGCCUGUAAUCCCUUGUUUGUUUGCUAAUCUUCCAAGAUGCUUCAUCUGCUCACUGACUGACUGACUGACUGACUGACUGACUGACUGACUGACUGACUGACUGACUGACUGUGUGUCUUGUUUUUCCUCCCACCAGCAUUCGUCUCUGUGUCUGGUGAGUGUCCACUCACUCUUGACGAGGUGCUGAACUUCCUAAGUCAGUGUCCGGAGCUCUCCCUGGGCUGGUUUGAAGAGGGCCAGCUGGUGGCGUUCAUCAUCGGCUCAGGCUGGGGAAAAGAGAGACUGGAGCAGGUGAGACAGACACCACAAUUUACAGUAGCUACCUCCACUGCAUCUUUGGAAUUGUUUUGCAUGCCCAAAGAAUCUAAAAAGGUAACCAUCAAUAAAAUACAUGUUUUUUACUCUGAUCAUACCUGGUCAUUAACCCUCCCAUUGCCUUUCCCUACCCCAGGAGGCCAUGACCCAGCAUAUCCCAGAAACCUCGGCAGUGCACAUCCAUGUGCUGUCUGUGCACCGCCACGCUCGCCAGCAGGGUAAAGGUUCCAUCCUGCUGUGGCGCUACCUGCAGUACCUGCGCUGUGUGCCAGGCCUCCGGAGGGCCCUGCUGGUCUGUGAGGAGUUCCUGGUGCCCUUCUACCAGAAGGCAGGCUUCAAGGAGAAGGGGCCUUCUGCUAUCAUCGUGCCCAACCUCACCUUCCAGGAGAUGGAGUACCAUAUUGGCGGCGCGGCCUACGCACGGCGGAACAGCGGCUGCUAG